AUUGCCAAGGAAAGCAUCACACACCUUCUCCCAACACUCAAACUCAAAAACCAACAAAAAAUGUUCAAGAUUGCCGUCUGUUUGUUCGCUCUGGCCAGUGGAGCCUUGGCCGCCAGUAUUGGCCAAAUUAGCACCACCACCGAGAAACGCGAAAUUGUGCCACUGUUGAAGUUCGAGACCGAGAAGCAGCCCGAUGGAUCCUUCCAUUUCAUGUACGAGGGCGGCGAUCAGUCCUACCGCCAGGAACAGGGUGUGGUCGUGGAUGCCGGCACCGAGGAGGAAGCCCUCGAGGUUUCCGGCUCCUACCGCUACAUAGAUGCCGAUGGCAACACCGUCGAGGUUCACUACACAGCCGGCAAGAAUGGAUUCGUUCCCGUGGGCACCAUCAUUCCCAGUGAGAUCACCGCCCUGGCUAAGGCCGCCGCUGACCUGCCCAAGGUGCCCGAGGAGGAGUACAAGCUCCGCAAGGGACGCUCCCAGGAUGUGGAGCAGGAGGUUGCUGCUGCUGCUCCCAAGGAGAAAGAGGUUGUCGUGGAGAAGGAGGUGCCUGCCCUGAAGUCCGACGCCGUGGCCGCCGAGUCCCAGGUGGUGCCCGUGCAGGUGGUGCUCGAUGCCGUGCCCGAGGCGGAGGUCAAGCCCGCCGUCGAGGCCGAGAAGAAGGUGGAGGAGGAGACCAAGACUGCCUAAGCUCUAGCCCUAUAGCCAUAUAGCUACUAAGUAUUCUAUAAUUUUAAAACCAAGUGCAAUCCUAAUUUAACUGGCUAGUAAUAAAACGAUUUCUUAUCUCGAACGAACUUAAA